UCUGAUAUACUUUAUCAACGAGCUAGCACCUAGAUGCGCAGCAGAUGUUGUCUUUUGUGAUGCAGAUGAGCCUUUUGGAGCAGUGCAGCUGCUAAUGAGCUCUGUGUAUUGUUACAAGAUAGGGCUGCCAGGCAAUAACCACCUACACACCCAACUAACGAACCCCACGGUGCUGAGGCAGGAUCUAGAUCCUCUGAGACAAUGGGUCAAAUCAUAUAGUUUUUAAUUUUAAUUCGGGGAAAACCUCUUUUAAUUUCAACAGGAGCUUUGACUUUGCCUGGUACACAGGAUUUGCCCUUUAGAAAUAAACAACUAUUCUAAAAGUGUCAAACAAGAUUGCUGUGCUUUGCCAGUAAUUGAUGUGGAGUGUAAGCAAUGCUUACUCAAAAAAAAAAUAGGAUAGUUAGAAAAUAGCUUUAGUAAUUAACAUGGAAUUUGAUAGAAAUAUUAGGUGGACAUCUAACAUUUAUUUGGCAGGACGGUUUACAGUCGUGAAUAAUCCAAUUAAUGAAUGAAACAAUGUGAGUACGCUAAAUAUUGGGCUGCUGCUGGUCAAAUGCAUGGCCCAGAAAUCCUUCUUGUUACCUGGUCCAUGUAGAAACCAAAGAUGGCGUUACAAACAUCUGUGUUGUUAUCCACUUUUUUCUUUGGGACAGGACAUGGGCAUAAGGUAACUUGAGGAAAUACCCACCGGGAGCACAACCGACUAUAAAUCCUUGUAAUGCCAAUAAGAGUCUUUUCAUUAACUUCAGAAGGUCUGUUAUUUUUGGAGUGAAAUAUUUCAUCCUCAUAGCAAUGGAAACACCAGGAUGUGUUAUCUGAAGGAAAAAUAAAAUCUAAUUGGUUCUUUCCUGUUAUGGUAGAGAAAACAUUGAAUCCACCGCUACAGUUCCUGGACAAAAUUCCUGAUAGGUAUGUGGAUUAGUGAACUAUAUGGCGUGUGAUGGGUAAAGAACUUGCUUACAAGGGAAACGUUUUCAUGGUUCUCAAGGUAUUUGUACCCUCACCGAUUCCAUCAGAAUCUGAGGAAUGUUGCCACAUUUUAAAAAUAUGUGAGGGUUAGAGGAACGUUGAUCAGUGUCUUGCUUGGCAAGAGUUUGAGAGGCCUGAGCACGUGUCUGUAAAGGACAAUGUGUGGUGCCCCAUCCUGUGCCAAAUCUGCAGCGCAGAACACAGUCUGGCCAUGUGAACUUGUUAUUUCUCUCAACGUAGACUUUAACUUCAAAAUGCAAUAAUUAUUCAAACAUGUAAACCGUUCGGAGGUGCGAUGUGUGAUUUCUACACUGUUCUCCUUGGUUUUCCAUGGCUGACUCUUGGCGUACAACAGAUUUUUUGGCAUUGAGACAGACUGCAGGGGCAGAAACCUGUUUUCUCCAUUAGCCUUUUAUGUCAGGUAGGGGGUUGGAUUUUUAUGAAUACCCUAAAUUAAAGAGACUCCAGCCUGACUGCAAAAUUAAUAGAGCUAUCAAAAACCCCACUGUCAUUAUACAACAAUUGUUAAUUAUUUACAAGCAAACUUCUGCAAGAACCAUAUUGUUGCUGUCAGCAUUGUCAUUAUUAAAAUAAAAAUGCUUUGUCUGGGUGGAAGAUAACAUGACUCAUUUAGGCUAAAUGCAAUGACUACGGAAUAUUCUGUUUCUCUUCACUAAUUAAUCAGAGAGACAACAAUAGCAUGUCUCUUGCCUAACGAGAUGCUUAUUUUUAAAGUCGAACAAAAUAAAUAUUUUCAGGGCUUUGUUUAAAAAGGACAUAAGUUCAUUGCGGCUAUCACAAUAAAAAUUAAAACCAAGUUGUUUUUUCCUAGGAUGGCAAAAUCCUUUUUCAUAAAGUAAAUUCUCCUUUUGUGAUAGUGAACUGUAUGUGAAAAUCUUUUUGCUUUAUUAUCACAAUAUCUUGGUUUGCCUUAUUGUUUACUGUGCACAUUAUAUGCUUUGGAGUUUUGAGUUGCUCAAGUGCUCUCUGAUUUAAUUUGCCUUUCCAAGCGUAUCCUGGUCCAGUGGUAAUUUCUUGGUGCUCUGUGUAGUUGAUUAUGGUUUUUAUAAACAGCAAGAGGAAAGCUGGAGAACUUUUAAGACGACAGCAGUGGGCGGUUUGAAUCGGUGUUCCUGCUGUGUCCAUCUUGCAUUAGCUCAGGUUUUGUUGUGUUAGCGACAUUAAUGGUGUACAGCCAUGAAUCCAUCAAUGAAAAAGCAGAAUAAUUAAGGUCUGGCCAUGUCAGGGCUGUGAAGGGUGACACAAAGCUCUGCAAGGAGCGCACGGAUCGGAAGGGAUCGAACUGCCCGGCUUGGAAAGGGCCACGUCACUGUCUCUCUCCACGAGUCGAUUUGGAGAUGUUCUGUGUGGGGACCUCUCUCUGCUCUCCGCCUCGUGACACGUUGUCCAAGAGCCAUCGCUGCUCUUAUCCUUUCAGCAUAGAUACCAGCAAAGCUUUUCCGUGUAAAUCUUCUGAGGACUGUCAUUAGCUACAACUGUAGUUGCGUUUGACGUCUUUCAUCCAAGGCAUCUGAAGCACUUCAUAGACUCCAGUGUGUUAAGCAUGGCAACAUGUCUGCAAGAUGGGGGCCAAGGAAGUCCUGCAAUAUUUAUUCUUCACGUUAAACUGAUGGCUGGUCCACAGGAUCGUCUCCAUUCCGUCCUGGUGUGAGCAGCUCCCGCCGUGGUGUGGCAGGAACACAGCCAUGCAUCAGCUCUUCGCGCUGGUUUUGGCACAGAAGGACCUUUCCCGCGCAGGGGAUCUUUUUUCCUUAGAGGACGCUGAAAUCGAAGGAAGCCUCUCAGAAGCUCUCGAACAAAUAAGAAUAAUUAGUUCGUCUGCGGACUACCAGACGAACGACAACGACCAGGCGGUGGUGGAGAUCUGCGUGACCCGCAUCACCGCGGCCAUCCGGGAGAACGCGUCCAUCGAGCGGCAUGGCAGGGCGCUCGUGGCGCUCUGGGAGUCCUGCCUGGAGCACAACCUGCAGCCCUCGGGCCGAGACGAGGACACGCCACACGCCAAAAUCGCCUCGGAUAUCAUGAGCUGCAUCUUGCAGAAUUACAAUCGAGCUCCGGUGAUGGCCUUAGCGGUGCCCGUGGCCGUGAAGUUUCUGCAGAGGGGCAAUAAGGAGCUGUGCAGAAACAUGUCGAGUUACCUGUCCUUGGCUGCCAUCGCUAAAGCGGAUCUGCUGGCUGAGCACACAGACACCAUUGUCAAAAGUGUCCUGCAAGGGAACCGGUUGCUGCUGCGGGUCCUACCCGCGCUGUACGAGCGGCGUCCGCAGCCCAUCGACCUGCACCUGCCCGACCUGCUGGCCCUGCUGGCCCAACCGGACCCGGCCGAGCGGCACCACCUCCUGCGGCUGCUCCUCAUGGUGGCCAGGAAGAAACAACCCGGGGUGCUGAAAGAGUGUGUUCCGUUUUUAUUCGGACUCUUGAGAGACCCAAACCACAGCGACAUUAUUCUCAACAUACUCACAGAAAUAUCCAGCUCCGAACCAGCAGCCUUAGCAACGUUCCUUCCCAUGCUGAAGGAAAUUGGUGAGAGCUUCCCGAGUUUGAUUGGGCAAACAGCAAAGAUCUUUGGAGCUGUCGGGCACAUCGAUGAGGAGCGAGCCAGGACAUGCCUGCUGUAUUUAGUGAACCAGCUGGCCAACAUGGAGCACUCGUUUCACCAUAUUCUUCUGCUGGAAAUCAAGAGUCUCACUGACACCUUCUCGAGCAUCUUGGGCGCCCAGAGCAGAGACAUUUACCGCAUGAGCAACAGUUUCACUGCCAUAGCCAAGCUCCUCGUCCGACAGCUGGAGAGCGACAGCACCUCAGGAGCCAGGAUGGAAAACGAUGCUGAAACAGAAUCUCCUGUACCACUGGAUGAUCUAAAGUCUGUUAUGAAUGGAAAUGAAGAAGAUGAAAAGCUUCAAGUCAAAAUACAGGCUUUUGAAGAGAAAAUAAAUGUUGACAACAAUACUCCUGGCUCAGUGCGGAGAUACAGCUUGGGCCAGGUUUCUAAAGAAGAAAGGAAGGAUAUGAGAUUUAACAGGUCCAAAAGCCUGGCUUUGCACGCAGUCCGCAUGAAGGGGGCAAACUCGGAGAGCGGGCAGGACGAGGAGAACGGGGAGAUAACUGCUGGUAUCUCCUUCACCGAGAUCUACAUCAGCCAAGAGAAUGACAAAGUGCCUUUCGGUGUUGAUCCUGAGGCGAUGCAACUGGGAAAUUCUUUAGUUUCACGCCAGAGUCUCGAUUACACAGAAUCAGCGAAUUUGGCUGAAUCUCCUGAAGAAAAGGCCCUGGAAGGAAGCGCAGAGGCAGCGACGAGCCCUGUGGAAUACCAGGACAAGCUCUACUUGCACUUGAAGGAAAACCUGGGUAAAGUGAAAGAAUACGUUGCGGAGAUGGGGAGGAAAAUUCCGAUCCCCGACCAGUGUGUUAUUGAAGAUACUGUCAGAAGUUGCGUAGCGAAGCUGUUCUUCAGCUGUCCCCUGAAGGGCCAUUACUGCCUGUACAGUAAAUCCAGUUUCACGCUGGUCAGCCGGCAGCCUCCGCUCUGGAUCCACAUCAUGUUCCUGUUCCAGCAGAGCUUGUUUGCAGAACCUUUGUCCAUCCAGAGCAGUUCUGUGCAAGUCCUCAAGGCCCUGUGGGAGAAGACACAGCUCAAGGGGACGCACAGUUUUGAAACCGCCAUGAUCCAGUCUACAUUUCCACACCAAAAGGAGCUGGACCACGUGCAGAUGCACCUGGAAGAAGUGAGGUUCUUCGAUUUGUUUGGGUACAGCGAGGCAGCGGGAGCGUGGCAGUGCUUCAUGUGCAACAACCCCGAAAAGGCGACGGUCGUGAACCAGGAUGGCCAACCUCUGAUGGAGGGCAAGCUCAAGGAGAAGCAAGUCCGCUGGAAGUUCAUCAAAAGGUGGAAAACUCGCUACUUCACGCUGGCUGGCAACCAGCUGCUUUUUCGGAAAGGAAAAUCCAAGGAUGACCCGGACGACUGCCCCAUUGAGCUCAGCAAGGUGCAGAGCGUUAAAGUGGUGGCCAAGAAGCGCCGGGACCGCAGCCUGCCCCGGGCCUUUGAGAUCUUCACCGACAGCAAGACCUACGUUUUCAAAGCCAAAGACGAGAAGAACGCCGAGGAGUGGCUUCAGUGCAUCAACGUGGCCGUGGCGCAGGCGAGGGAGCGGGAGAGCCGCGAGGCCACCACCUACCUGUAGAGCUGCUGGCACUUCCAUGGCCGUGCCACCAAACCUACCGCAUCUGGCCACGCCGUGGACCUCUUGAACCUCCACAACAGGGCCAUGAGAUAACAUGGGGAGACCAUGUGUUGGCGUGGGCCGGGGAGAGCUUUGUGCAGCGCCAGAGGCCUAACGCCCAAUGGCGCUACCAGGUGAUGGAGGGGCCGCCAUGCGGGAGCGCACACUGGCACUGGGACAUUUGCUGGUGUAGAAGCACCUUCCACGUCCACAUGUGAAAUGUGGGUUUAUUUGUUCAGCGUAAUAGUCUGCAAGCCAAGAGACGUGGUUGGAGACCAACCUGGACCCCAAGCGCUCAGCCCUGGCUGCUGAGAUGCACGAGGUCUCGGUGGCUUUGGACACUUCCAAGGGUGUUUGAGCACUUGAGGACUUUCUGCUUUCCUUAGUCACUUUCCACCUGUAAACAGAUCAUUUUCCUUCUUAUUUAAUCUCCGUGUACUUUAUCCUUUUACCGUUUAUACGCGUCGGUGGAAAAAAUCCAAUUUGCUACUGCUUUCAGGUUUGAAAUGGAGCAGUUUUAAAGAUUUAAUACUGCUGAAAAAUAAUUUUAAAUAUGUAACUGUUUUGAUUUCCCUUACUUUUUCUCUGCUUUGCAACUGAAUGUAAUUUAAAAAACCAUUAUUUCCCUUUGUUUUUUUAAUUAUUUGUCUUCUCUGUCCUGCAACUUUUCAAAAUUUCUCCGAAACUGGAAGAUUCCCUGUUUCGUUUUCUGUGUCACUCUCAAUGGUUCCAAAGCAGAGCAAGUGCUGAAGAGACUGAAAGCAAAAAAGAGGCGGGGGGGAAAUGAAGGAGAAAUCUGCGGGUGAAGAAAUUAACUCAGAGACCAUUCGAGCCUGAGUAGAAAUAAAAGUAUGAAAUUUUCCAACCUAGAAAAA